AUGGCGCUCGAAGCGCCUCCAUUGUUCUCGUCGAAAUUCCUUCAGAAAGCAAGAAAAUCUAAAAAGGCCGCAGCCGGAUUGGACGGCGGGACCGACGCGAAGUUAAUAGAAGAUCAGUUACCGGCAGCAGGCCCGGGUACUGUUGGGAAGGGUCGUGGCGGUAAGAAACGGAAAGCAGGGGGGGCUGACGAUACGGAUAAGGCUAAGACUGGACGCCGAGAAAUUCCUUCUUCAGGCUCGCAUAAAUGGGCAUCGGGUGGAGCUACGUUGACCGCGCGCAGGGUUCAAGGUGUAGGGUUUAAGGGGGAGAGGGGAGGAGACGAGGAGGAUGGUUUUAGAGAAGGCGGGGUUUUGCGCGGAGGCGAGGAGGCGCGGAGGGGUGUUUGUGGUGCUGACGUGGACGAGAGUGGCCGUACACAUGGCGACGUCAGGGGCAGUGAGGAGGGAGGUGACGUCAGCAGAGAUGGCAUGCAGGCGGGGGAGCCAAUGGGGGAGAAGGGGCGCGGGGGACGGCGGAAGCGGAUGGGCGGGGGAAAGAGGGGGAAGGCGGGGGGCGAUGGAGAGGUGGAUGGGGAGAGGGAGGAGGGGGAGGAGGAUGGGGAAGAUGGAGAGGAGGGAGGAGGAGAGGACGAGGGGGAGGUGGAAGAGGAAGGGGAAGAGGAGAAGGAUGAUGGUAGUGAAGGGGACGAGGAGGAAGAAGAGGGGAGGGAGGAGAAAGAAGAGGACGGCGGAACAGAGGAGGACGACGGAGCAGCAGCUGCGCUUCUCGCCAAGGCUGACGUGUCGCUCACUGCCACUGCCACGUGUGACUCCUUUGCUGACCUGGCACUGGCGCCAUGGCUGGUUGCCACGUGUCACGAGAUGGGUCUACGCCAUCCCACCCCAGUGCAGUGUGCAUGCAUUCCCCCCGUCGUUGCGGGCAGCAACGUCAUUGGUGUGGCGCAAACGGGAAGUGGCAAGACCGCGGCCUUCGCCCUGCCUAUUCUGCAGAAGCUAGCAGAGGACCCUUAUGGCGUGUUCGCCCUGGUGCUCACCCCCACCAGGGAGCUCGCCCUGCAGAUUGCCGACCAGUUCCGGGCUCUGGGCUCGUCGCUGUCUCUGGGCUGUGCCAUUGCUAUCGGUGGGGGUGACAUGGUGGAGCAGGCCAUGCAACUAGCGAGUAGGCCGCACGUGGUGGUGGCAACGCCGGGGCGACUGAGGGAGAUGCUGCAGCAGGAGGAGAGCAUGGGACGAAUUUUCAGCAACCUCCAGUUCUUGGUCCUGGACGAAGCCGAUCGCCUGCUGGACCGCGGGUUCGAGGAGGAGAUAGGGGCGAUUCUGGCGAGGAUGCCGAAAGAGAGGCAGACGCUGCUCUUCUCAGCCACUUUCACUGCCAACCUUCAUGCGCUCAAGGCUAUGAGCAAAACGAAGAAGCUGUUUCACUUUGAGGCCUACGAGGGAUUCAAGACAGUCGAGGCCCUCGAUCAAUCCUACCUCUUCCUGCCCUCCAACGUGCGAGACGUGUACCUCUGCCGCCUCCUCUCCCGCCUCCUCCCCUCCCUCUCCACCAUCCUCUCCCCCGCGCCGCCCCCCUCCUCAUCUGCUGCCGCCCGCCCGCCCGUGCGGUCGGUUAUCGUGUUCACCUCGUCAUGCCAGUCAUGUCAAGCAGUGAGUGCUCUGCUGGACGAAGUGGGUCUCUCCAACGCGCCUCUCCACGCCCUGCUGCCCCAGCGCAAGCGCUCGGCCGCUCUGCACCGCUUCAAGGCGUCCCAAGUGCCCAUCCUGGUGGCCACUGAUGUCGCCAGUAGAGGGCUGGAUAUUCCUACAGUCGAUUUAGUCAUUAACUACGAUAUACCCAGGUUCACACGGGACUAUGUACACAGGGUGGGGCGAACAGCCAGAGCAGGGAGGGGCGGACGAGCCAUCAGUUUAGUGACUCAGUACGACGUGCAUCUGGUGCACAGCAUUGAGAAGCUUAUUGGCAGACAGCUGGCGGAGUGCACUGAUGUGACUGAAGGCGAUGUGCUCAAAUGCAUCAGCAAGGUGUUCAAGGCACGGAGGGCAGCUCUACUGAAGGUGUCAGAAAGUGGGUUUGAGGAGCGGGCCAAGCAGAGGGCCGAUCAGAAGAGGAAGAUUCGGGAGGAGCGAAGAGAGCGGGAGGGGGGUGACAAGGGCGAGAAAGGCAAGUGA